AUGUUCCGCGCUCGGCCAAAGUUCAAUCCCGUCCAAGCUCGGCCGAUCACACACACGACCCGGGAAACAUGUCCCGCGGUCGGCCAAGCCACGAUCACAGCCAGCCGCGCACGACCACGCCGCGCGAGCCGGGAAGUAACGCCUCGCGGCCGCGCAACUCACGUACCAGGCCGAUGCGCCGUCCGACCGGGAAAGCCGUCCCACGUCCGGCCAGAAACCAUCGGCCAAUCUUCAUCCGCCGACCACGCGGCCGACACGAAACAUCCGGCCACGACCGUUCCGACUCCGAUAGCGCCAAGACCCGACUGUCCGGCCGAUCGUCCCGACCGACCGUCCGAACGCCGCGGUCGACCCGAAGCCGUUUUUGAAGCCCAAUCCGCACAAUUCAAGCCCAAAGCCGGCGCCGACUAG